AUGGCGCUGUUUUCUUUGGGAUUGCUCAACACGUUGGGUUUGGUUAUCGGUCUCGCCAUCGUCUACUACCUAGGCAGCGUCGUCUACCUCCUAUUCUUUCACCCGCUCGCCAAGUUCCCCGGCCCGAUAUGGAUGCGCAUCUCCCGUGCGCCGUUCUGCUACAAGCUGUGCGUGGGCUCGCUGCCCUUCGACAUGCUCGACCUGCACAAGAAGUACGGCCCCGUGGUGCGCAUCGCCCCCGACGAGCUGGCCUUCCACGACUCGCGCGCCUGGAAGGACAUCAUGGGCCACAAGACGCAGAGCGGCGCCGAGAUGGAGAAGUCGGUGAGGUUCUACCGCGCCGUCCCCAACGCGCCGGCCGACAUCGUCAGCUCCGGCCGCGAGGAGCACUCCACCCUGCGCCGUUCGCUGGCCCACGGCUUCAGCGAGCGCAGCAUGCGCGACCAGCAGCCGAUGAUCAAGGGCUACAUCGACCUGCUGAUCAAGAGGCUUCACGAGCAUGGCGCAAACGGCGGCAAGGCGCUGGACCUCGCGGCCUGGUACAACUACACGACCUUUGACGUCAUCGGCGACCUCGCCUUUGGCGAGUCCUUCGGAUGCCUGGACGGCUCCGACUACCAUCCGUGGGUCAAGGCGAUUUUCCAGAUGGCGCGCGUCGGUACGGUGUUGCAGACGGGCACCCACUACCCUUUCGUGCUGAAGCUCUUCAUGGCCCUGAUCCCCGAGAAGGUGAAGCGUGAACAGUCGCAGCACGACGAGUUCACCGAGGCAAAGCUGAGGCGGCGCAUGGAUCUGGGCCAGGAGCGGCCGGACCUGCUCGAGGGACUGCUGAGGAAGAAAGAUGAAUGGAACAUGAGCUUUGCCAAGCUGAAGGCCAACAGCAGCAUCCUCAUCAUCGGCGGGUCCGAGACCACGGCCACUCUGCUUUCCGGCGCGACCUACUACCUGCUCAUGAACCCCGACGCCCUCAAGAAGUUGACCGACGAGAUUCGUUCCACCUUCAAGGACGAGAGCGAAAUCGACUUCCAGUCCGUCAGCAACCUGCCCUACUUGCUCGCAUGUCUCGAAGAAGCGUUGCGCCUGUACCCUCCCGUCCCGAUCGGACUGCCCCGCAUUGUUCCCAAAGGAGGCGCAAACAUCGCCGACCACUACGUUCCCGAGGAUACAACUGUCUCCAUCUACCAAUGGGCCAUGUACCACUCCGAGAAGAACUUCCGCGACCCCUUCGGCUUCCACCCCGAGAGAUGGCUGCAGGACCCGGCCUUUGCGACCGACAACAAGGAGGCCUUCCAGCCGUUCCACGUUGGGCCCCGUAACUGCAUUGGCAGAAACCUGGCUUACGUUGAGAUGCGUCUUAUCCUCACCCGCGUCCUCUGGAACUUCGACAUCAAGAUUGCCGACGACAGCACCGACUGGGCCCCCAAACAAAAGAUCUACUUGUUGUGGGAGAAGGGCCCUCUGAAUGCCUACCUGACGCCGGUCCAGCGUUCUUGA